UUUCCAUGCACUGAUAAGCCAAAGUAUCAGUAGUAGUAUAGCCAGCUCCCCUUCUCCCCCAACUCCGACGGCGGCGCGGAAGGCUUCCGGUCUCCGCCUCUCCUUUGGCGCCCAAUCCAUCCGCCCCUCCGAUUCCGGGCCUUCCAGACUUGGUCGGCGAUUCCGCGGAUUGGUGGUUUCAGUUCGGGUGGAUUCGCGAUCCUGGAUAGUUUUCUUUUGAAAAAAUAUCCUGAAUAGUAGGCAGGUUAAUCCAGAUGUCGCGUCUGACAGUGUACGGUUGUGGGUUGUAGCAUAAAGAAACGGGGAAAUAUUGAGACUGUUGCCAUGAGAUGAUUUUUUUGUUUAGCAACUAUAUGGGAUGAUGAUGAGAGCUAAAGUGUCCGGUUGUUCUGGGUUCUGGCAUCGGAGGCGAUUACAAAUUUUGGACCUACCACUCUAGCUGAACGUCGGAGGAUCCGGUUCCAUCGAGACAUCAACCACCGCAUCAUCUAGGACUGAAACACUUUAUGUGGUUGAUAUGUCAAGUAGUUGGUCACAAAGUCAGUCCUUUGAUCCUCACACCAGCAGAUGUUGGGAGGUCGGAUCAUGGUUGUGUAAGGAUGGUAUCUCCAAGUAGGACAGUGGCUUGAGCAUUCUGUAGUAUUGUUCUCGAUCUUGAGAAGCCUUUCUGUUGCGGCCGUUUCUGUUGAUGCUGGCUGGCGUCCUUAUAUUUUUUGCCAAGGGCCAACAGUUGAGGAUGGUACUGAAGCGCCUGAGGACAUGCUGCUGCUGCAGUGCAAAGCACACUGAUAACGAUGACAAGAUUGAUUUUGGAGGUGGCAAUGUUCAUGUCAUUACAAGCAAAGAGAACUGGGACCAAAAAAUUGAAGAAGCAAACAAGGAUGGGAAAAUUGUGGUUGCAAAUUUCAGUGCUUCCUGGUGUGGGCCGUGCCGGGUCAUCUCAACUGUUUAUGCUGAGAUGUCGCAGACAUACCCGCAGCUCAUGUUCUUGACAGUCGAUGUCGAUGAGUUAAUGGAGUUCAGCUCGUCGUGGGACAUCCGGGCGACCCCGACGUUCUUCUUCCUCAAGAACGGGCAGCAGGUGGACAAGCUCGUCGGCGCCAACAAGCCGGAGCUGGAGAAGAAGGUCGCCGCGGCCGCCAGCUCCAGCGGCGGCGUGGCGCCUGACGCCAAGUGACAGGACGACGGGGUGGGCGGAUAUCAUAUCAGCAUUCAUCGAUCAGCCCGUGCAAAGCUCGCGCUGCCCACAUGUGCGCGCGUUUCUUCCCGACCCGUCGCGUAGCCGCAUUGAUCCGUGUGAUAGCUUCCCCGAUGUGCAGACUGUACAGCUCCUUCUUGGUAAAGACGGAGUAAGCAUGUAAGUAUUGGUUUCUGUGGUAUUGGUAACUGGUGGCAUGCACACACAUGAGUUCAUGGUGUUGGCGUU